AUGCUUUCGACUAUUCUAAAGAACUCGAUAACAGCAGUCCGUGCAUCCUAUGCGGGGCCAUCGUUUGUGAAGAGAUUUGCUUCCACAAAUGCUGCUGCUGCAUCGGAAAGCAUCAGAACAACAGUCAAGCCCUUGAACUCCCGUAAGACGUUCCUAAUCGAUUCAUACAAGCACAUGAUGGACACCAGCCCUGUUCUUCUAUUUUGUCAUCACAAUAACUUGAUGAAGGGAGAAAAUGCCCACUUCAGAUCAGAGUUAAAUAAGAUUGGAGCCAAGUUGACAAUAUUGAGAAACAACUUAUUCCAAGUUUACUUGAGGACAUCUAGGAACCCGGAUCCUGCUGCUCCAGUGAAACGUUCAGAGCAAGAUUGGAACCACCCGUUACUACCUUUGUUUAAAGGUCCUACAGCAGCUAUUUCUUUCAAAGAAACAGACCCUGCAAAGGUAAAAAAAGUGAUGAAGCUACUUGAGAAAUCCCAAGACAAACUCUUCAUUAUUGGUGCCAAAGUUGAAAACGAUGCAUAUGACUUGAAAAAGUUACAAUCCUUCAAAGAUUUGCCAACAAAGACCCAACUUCAAUCAGAACUUCUUGGACUCUUACAUAUAUUAAGUGGUGCUGGUUUGGUGCAAACUUUGGAAGCUGGCUCAAACAUGUUGUACUUGACUUUGAAAUCUCACGAAGACAACAUUAACCCUGAGAACAAGAAGAAGGAUGAUGAGGGAAAUUAA